UAGCGACUAGCGACUUACUAAAGUAGGCUAUGCUAAUCAGUAUAUUCAGUAACAACUAACAAGUUACAAGUAACUAGCAAAGUAACUAGUUCAACAUUUUUAAAAAUUAUUAUAAUUUGUUUCCAACCGUUACCGCGUACGCACAAGAAAGCAGCACUGCAGUACUUCUCACAGGCUCCAUUGACCAUUCUCUUUUUCGGUUAGCCUCUAUUAGUCUGUGAUCGAAGCAGAAGACGAUAUCUCAGAUCAUCGAAAAUUAUACAGCACAAUUCGUUUCUUAUUCUAAUAACUGUUUUUUACCCACUAUCGCUUUCACUCGAAUUCACAAUCACAUCCUUUCUGCUGAAAUAAUCGUAGUUCUACAAAGUGCCAAUAAAACAUGGCUCCUUCUGCGAACUCGGAAGAUGCUCUUGCAAAAACAUUUGACUCGUGUGUUGCUGAUACAAUAAUCAAAAUCGGAGGAGGAAUGGCCACUGGUGUGCUGUUCUCAUUGUUUUUGUUUAAGCGGAAAUCAUGGCCUGUUGUUUUUGGAGUUGGAGUUGGAGCAGGAAUGGGUGCUUCUAACUGCCAAUACAAGUUUAAUGUCCCUUUUAUGGUUAAGGCUGAUCAAAUCAAGGUUAUGGGGACAACAGCUAAUGUAAAGGAUUCAUCUUCUGAAAUUCUUGUUUAAUUUUCUCACAGAUUUAUUGAUUAGUUUCAUCAUGGAAAUACAUGGUGUUGUAGUUCCUGAUUUAACCUGUAUUAAUGUAAUGUGAUUAGAAAUGCAAUUAGUAAGGAAAAUGUGUUGUGGCAAAAGUGGUAAAAGGAAAAGAUUCAAUACAAUACAUUUGUAAUAUUA